UGAGUUGAGCACAGCCAGGAGGGUACAAAUCCUUUUGCAGAAGAGCAAGGAUGUUGAAGUAGCUGUCAGUACAAACAUUCCCUUUCAGAGCCCAAGGCCAACUGCAACUAAAAUGCAGGAAGGUGUUCGGAGAGGUAAAAGAAACAGCGUUCUGUUAAAAUACUCUCGAUAGAAUAAUGGAAGAGAAAGAUUUUUGUCUGCAGCAACUGUAUUCCCAGCAUUCUUUUUCUGGCUUUGCCUUUACAAGAAGUCUGUCGCAUUUCCUUAUUAUUUAAAGGAACAGAGUAAGUAGCGAAAGUGAAAAUCGCUUUAUCCCAGCACGGAUGCCGCGUCCUCACACCCACGAUCCCGGGCUGAGCUGGCUGUCUCCCAUGUGGAGCUGCCGCCGCUUCAGAGAGCCGAUGUCUCAGGAGCGCGGCGUGCAGGAGCGGCCGGAGAGUCGUGAAGAAGAUGACAGAAAAGUAAGAAGGAGAGAAAAGAAUCGAGUUGCUGCACAGAGGAGCCGGAAGAAGCAAACUCAGAAAGCAGAUAAACUUCACGAGGAAUAUGAGUCUCUCGAGCAAGAAAAUACCUCCCUAAAAAGAGAAAUUGGAAAGCUAACAGAUGAAAUGAAACACUUGAGUGAAGUGUUGAAGGAUCAUGAAAAGAUCUGUCCACUAUUGCACUGCACCAUGAACUUUGUGACCAUACCAAGGCCUGAUGCACUUGCCAGCUGCCUACCAAGAUGAGUGCUCUCCUCAAUCACCUCUCAAUGUGAUGUGUGCAAGUGCCAUUAACAGGAGGUUUCAAGAACUGCCUAGUUCUUUCAUUGAAGAGGGCUGGGGUCCACCACGCAGCUCUACUCCACGCUGAAAUGUUACAGUCUUCUGAAUCUCAGGAAAACACCAGUAUGGAAAAAAAGACAAUUUGAACAGCAGCUUCUAACUUGGUAGACUCUUCAAGCCAUGGUUUUGCCUUUGGAAAUGUCAAAGUGCAGUGCAGCCCACUAUGGAGUGAUGGAGUGUAGACAGGGAAAAGUACCGACCUCAGCCUGGGAUGCCUUUCUCCCACACAUCCACUGCCAGUAGCCCUUUGUCACUUGUCACCCAUGCAUGUCAUGAUCUGGCUGCUGGGUUUUAUCUCUCUAAACAGUUUUGGUUAAUAAAAGCAAUGUCUCAUCUCUAUAA